AUGGUGGCGAUCUCGAUGUACCGCGGCAACCUCCACCGGGGCGGGGACGACGCCGCGCGCCGCUGGCCGGUGCCCCCGCCCACGCUCUCCGCGUCCCAGUUCCGCCGCCUCCUCCACCGCCGCUCCCUCGCCGUCUCCCGCCUCGCCGGGGCCCCCCGGCCCAACUCCCCCACCCCCCGCCCGGACGACGGCGCCGCGGCCCCCGCGGCCGUGGGAGAGGCGCAGGAGGUGGGCGGGGGUCAGCAGCAGCAGCAUCAGGCCGAGCGGCAGGAGGAGGGGCAUGAUGUGCCGAUGCAGCAGCAGCAGCCGCAUCAGGGGGAGGAAGAGGGACAUGAUGAGCAGCAGCAUCAACAGGUGGAGGGAGAUGGGCAAGACGAGCAGCAGCAAGGAGAGGAGGAGGAGGAGCAGGAGGAGGGGGCGGUGGAGGAUGUGGAAAUGGACGAUGCGGGGGAGGUGGUCGCCGGAGACGCAGAUGCUGCCGGCAAUGGUGACCCUGAAGAAGGGCAAGGCGAAAGCGAAGGCUUCGACCCCAACUCGGAGGUGGGUCAGCCUGAUGGAGUUGAAGAAAGGAAGAGAGAGUUCACCGACAAGCUGGAUACCUUGAGUAAGAAAAAGCAUGAUCUUGUGCAGAUGCUGAAGCAGAUUCUAAAUGCCGAAGAAGAAAUCAGAACACGUAGCAUGCAGGCUUCACUGCGUGCUGCCAUGCCUCAGCCGUCAGAAAACACAGCUGAUGGAAGUGUUCCUAGACAGGUGCCCAGAAUGACCGUUGACGUCAAUUUCAGCGAGUUUGCUGGGGAGUCAGAUGCUGGUUCCAACCAGGGCACUCCUGGACGCCCCUUGCAUCAUGUCCACAGUAUUUCCCCUUCAACAGCCUCUUUUGCUAGGUCUCCAUUCGGUUCUCGCAACCACAACCCUGGCAACACUCCAAGAAGUCCAGCAGCACCUUUCUCUACAGCAAGCCCGUCUCGCUUCGCAGGUACUGGGCAUCAGGGACACCACCCCUCGGCAUCAUUACCAGCAACCAACUUUGUAGCAUCGUCGCCUUCCCCUGCUGCAUCCGGUGGCUCUUCCUCUGUAUUCCGGGACCAUCGCCCGCCCAGUUCAACAUAA